UUGGUGUGUUUCUGAGGCCCAGUUACGGUCGCACUGGAACCUAGACGAAAAAAGACGCGAAAAGAUGCAGAGAAUAUAAACAACGGUGUACUAUGCGACCAUAUAAACAUUUGAGAUUACAUACUGAAAAAUGGAGGCAAUAUCGAAGAUUCCCCUGAUAUUGUGUGCCUUGAUAGUCGUGUUCAACACAGCGGUGGCCAUCAGUGGCGACAGUACCAACUGCCAGGCCACAUACAGUAGCGCCGAAGCGCCUCUGGCCCAAACUCCGCAGCACCAUCGUCACCAGAUCAGGCCCAGGACGAGGACUUGGCAGGAGCACGAGUUCUCGCUGCUGGGCUACAAGUUCCACCUGCCGUUCGUGGGGCAUGCGGUGGAUUCGGAUUUAGAUGAUAGUGACAGUGAUGAGGGUCUGUGGCUGGACGCGCAGGACGCCGGAUCGGAGAACGUUGAGGUGGAGGAUCACGAAAUUCAACUGGGUGGUCAAGUGGAUCCCUCGUCCAAUUUGUUCAAGCUCAGCUGCGACCAUGUGCGCCUAAGUCAAGUUAAUCAAGAACUGAUCUCCCAGCGGAGUGCGCACAUCAACUAUCACCAACUGAUACUAGUACAUGUGCCUGUGGAGCUAUUUAAUCCACUGCACCUCCCGCAGAACGAAAGCGUUAGGGAAUUCUCUUGGCUGGAAAGUGGUCUAAGAGAUGAAUCGCUCAUAGAGCUUUUUACCCGACAGCCGCACUGCUACGAGAACAUGGAACGACUGAAUUUAGCUGAGAAUCGCUUGGAGUGCUUUCGUUGGGCCAUUCCCCAGGCGAUGCGAGGCCUGAAAGUACUUAAAAUUAGCGGUAAUCGGUUGGCAAAUUGCAACCUAAUGACACUGCAGGACAUGAAGCACCUGCAGGAGCUGCACUUGGACAGAAAUGGACUGACCAUCCUACCGCGCUUCCUGAGCACGCUUAACGAACUGCGCCUGCUAAAUCUCAGCCAGAAUUCUCUGACGGAGCUUCCCCGGGAUAUAUUUGGAGGAGCCGUGAAACUGGAGCAGCUUUAUCUCUCCGGAAAUCGGCUGAGCGUUCUGCCGUUUCAGCUCUUCCAGACAGCAGCCGACCUCCAAGUUUUGGACCUAAGCGACAACCUCCUACUCUCCUUUCCAGACAACUUUUUUGCCCGCAACGUUCAGCUCCGUCAGCUGCAUUUGCAGCGAAAUCAGCUCAAGUCAAUCGGCAAGCACAGUCUGCAUAAUCUGCGUGAACUGCGGCAGCUAGACCUGAGCCAGAAUUCACUGACCACCAUCGAUCGCAAGGCGUUUGAGUCUCUGGACCAGUUACUCGCUCUUAACGUGUCCGGCAACAACCUGACCCUGCUGUCAUCCAUCAUCUUCCAGCCGCUGCAUGCCCUCAGGCAGUUGGAUCUCAGUCGUAACCAGUUCAAGCAGCUUCCCAACGGGCUCUUUCUGAGACAGCGCUCCCUGGUUCUGCUACGCAUCGAUGAGACGCCCAUUGAGCAGUUCUCCAACUGGAUAUCACGUUAUGAUGAGUUGUUUGUAGAUCCGCAGGUGCUUCAUCGCCUGCGAUACGUCUCCUUGCAGCAGAAUGCGAAACUAACUCAGUUGCCCGCUACUCUGUUCGCCAAUGCCCCCAAUAUAAGGGAGUUACUGCUGGCUGAGAAUGGACUGCUGCAGCUGCCCACACAGAUCUCGGGGUUGACUCGAUUGCAGCGACUCAGUAUCCGCGGAAAUAGAUUGGGGUCUCUGCCCGAAAGUAUCAAGGAGCUCAGACAGCUGCACUACCUCAACAUGUUGGGCAACGAGUACCAGUGCGACUGCAGCAUGUAUUGGCUGACCGCUUGGCUAGCUAAUACCAGCACCAGCCUCCGACACCUCCCCCCACAGGCUCAGGCGAGUAAUGCCAAUCCCAGCCAAACUCCGCUGGAAUCGUACGAGAGUAUUGACGAGCAAAUCGAUGCGCUUAAGUGUCAGUAUGGCUAUCCCGGCGACAUGCUCCGCGUGCUAAGCAAUCUCAACUGCUCGGUGCCCUCAGUGGUGCAGUUUUCCGAGCCCAAGAUGCACAAACUCCUCUCCACCGCCAAGCUAGAGUGUCAGAUUUCUGGCAGCCCAGUGCCGGACAUCAUCUGGGUUACUCCUCGCAAUAAGAUUUUGCGCCACCAUGCUGAUCCUGACAAGCGGCCAAUUAUCAUAGAUAGCAAGGAGGAUGCACACCAGCCACCAAGCGCCCAGGAAUUGGCUGCUCUGAUGGACGAAAGUUACACCCAGACGUUGAACUUGACACGACAGCAGAGUCUGGUGGGUCAACGGGUGGUGCUGGUUGAGAACGGAUCACUGCUGGUGCACAAUAUUUCCAGAAUUGACAGUGGCAUGUACACCUGCUAUGCGUUCAAUGUCAUGGGCAAGGCCUCGGCAGGAUUACGACUGUACAUCGAUCCCAUUGUGUUCUACCGGGUGAAAAUCGGCAGCAUACUGUUUGGUACGGCCCUGGCCACCGCAUUCCUUCUGCUUACUCUGAUAGUGCAGGGACUAAGAAGUUGCCUGUCUCGCUGGGGAAUCUUUGAUCGCUUUUACUGCUGCGCCAAUCGGAACAAAAAGUCACCGCGUCCACGCCAAAUAUACGCCAUGCUGGACAGCAUCGAGACAUACAAGAGCCAGCAGCUGGAGAGACUACGCGAAAACUACGCACAGCAAGUGCACCGCAUCCGAGAAAACUGCGCCCAGCAGGUAGAGUGGAUUCAAAGCAGUUACACCAGCCAGGCCAAGCACAUUCGCGAGUUCCGCGAUAUAGGUUCAAAUCACCUUACUACACUGAAGGACCAAUACUAUGAUCAAGUGAAGAAGGUGCGCGACUACUCGACUGGUCAGUUGAGCUGGGUGCGAGAAAACUACGUCUUCCAGAGGAACAAAAUCAGGAAGUUCAGUGCGCAUCAAGUGCUGCGACUCCGGGAAGGAUAUAAGUACCAACAGCAAACGCUGAACAAGGUGCUGGAAAACUUGCCCAGUUUCUACUUCGAGAAUUGUCGCGGGCGUUGUGAGGAAGACAUUGCUGAGGACAUAGACUGCUAUUUUAAAGGCCAAAUGGACUUUGCCGGCUCCAAGGAGCUGCACAUACAAAAAAUUAAAGCGCGCCUAUCUACCAAUUACUCAGCCAGCAAGGCGUCGAUUUAUUAUACCCCACCAGAUGAUGACCUGCUGCAUUGUUCGCAACUUAAUUUGCAAACCUCACCCAUUCACAUCAAUUAUAUUGAUGAAAAUCUUGACCAACAAAAGCAGUUGGAGCACGCUUUCAAAAUGGAACCCCAGCUUCUGCUUUACAAUGCCCCGAUGCUCUAUUUAAAUCCCGAAGGAGCAAGCAGCAGUGGUCAGGCGGCAGCUAUGGCGGCAGCAGUUGCUCUGUCGCAAUCCAUAAGCGUGGAGGACAAUAACCAAGAGCAGGAGAUGCAGCCCCUGAAGAAUACCUGCGGUAACCAAAUGGAGCUGUGCGAGUCGAAGGACUCCAACGAUGUGAAGAACUCGAAAUCUUGUCCGGCUAUUUACAAGAUCUCCAAGCAGCUGGACGGUAGCACACUCCAUGAGCUGCAGAAGGAGGGUGAAGCCCCCUACCAAAUGGUUCGCCUUAAUACCGUGGAGACAACGUCGACAACAGCCGUAGGUCCUGCGAUGCAGUCUAGGACGGAAAAGCUAAAUAUCAUUCUGGAUGAAUGCGGCAAGGCGUCGUUGUGCGAAGUAAAGCAGGCAACCGACGUGACGAUUAGUGAGACUCCCCCAUCGGAAUGUAGCUGUGAGUCUAACAGCUCGAGCGCCAGUUGCGGUGAUGUCUGCCAGGUCAGCAGCAAGUUGGCCUACGCCUCACCAUCAUCUUCUCUCCACAAGGCAGACCCUGCCAGUACCUAGAGAUUUUUUUUAAAUUUUUAAUUAGCAAUUACAUUGAAAUUUAACGAAAAUAUAAAUUGUAAAGACGUUGAAAAAUCAAACGGAUCUGCAAAUAAAGUUGAUGUUAAUGAAUACGAUAUACAUAA